AAGCAGCGAAUAGCAAAGAAUUGAUAAGUGUCAAUGGCGAGUGGUGCUAGUGCGAUGCAGCGGUGCACCGUCGCUGCGAGGUGGUUGAUAAGAGGAGCCUCGACGGAGACGCCGUCUUCUUGUUCCGGCGUAGCAGCUCCGAUAUUGUGCGGUCGCGGUGAUAAAAAGACGAAGAAAGGGAAGAGAUUCAAGGGAUCUUACGGCAAAUCUCGUCCGAAGAGGGAACAAAUGAUUGAGCGGAUGAAAGAUAAGGUUGAAGUUCCCAGGUCUACUCCUUGGCCUCUUCCUUUCAAGCUCAUUUGAUUUCAUUCAAUUCGAGUUGAUUCUCAAUACUCUCUUUGCGUUCCAAAUGUACUCUAUUCCAAUUUUUUAGGGUUUUGAGGUCGUUAUUCAUGAACAAUGUAAUAUCAAUACCAUUUUCCAUUUCAAUAGAAUUUUUGAUUUUCGGCUUCACAUUGCUUCUGAAUGAUGUUGAUUACCUGAUGUAGACAUGUAGUUCCAUGGUGCUGUGUUUGGGUUUUAUCUCUUUUUAGAUGCAAAUGAAUAAGUAAAUUAUGAUCAGAAUUAUCUCCGGAAUUUGCCUUUA